AUGGAUGCCGAGAUGGAUUUCAUGAAAUCUAAUACAAUGUGGGAACUUGUAAACUUACCGGUAGGGAUUAAACCCAUAGGGUGUAAGUGGAUCUACAAGAAGAAGAGAAAUGCGGAAGGAAAAGUGGAAACACAUAAAGCUAGACUUGUAGGGAAAGACUACACACAGAAAGAAGGCAUCGAUUACGAUGAGACCUUCUCUCCGGCAGCUAUGCUACAGUCUAUCUGCAUUCUCUUAUCCAUUUUCAUUGCUCUUGAUUAUGAGAUCUGGCAAAUGAAUGUCAAGACAACAUUCUUGAAUGGCUAUCUUGAUGAGACCAUUUAUAUAGUUUCACCCACCGACUAUGUUGUUAAAGGAAAGAAGGAGAAAAUUUUGAAGAAAUUCUGCAAGGAGAACUUCAAAUCUGCCAGCACUCCAAUUGCACUAGGAGAAAAGCUCACCAGUAAAGGAGAUUCUGAAAGGGUCAAUGAAAAUAACUUUAGAAGCCUCAUUGGAUGUUUGCUCUACUUGACAACCAGGAGGUCUGAUAUCAUGUUUGCAGUAAGUCUCUUAUCUAGAUUUAUGCAUUGCUGCAAUGUGACACAUUUCAAGACAACAAAAAAGGUUCUAAGGUAUAUCAAAGGAACUCUGAGCUAUGGAAUCAAGUUUGUGAAGACUGAAAAGCUGAAACUUGUUGGCUACAUUGAUAGUGAUUGGGCAAGAACAAUUGAAGACAUAAAGAACACCUUAAGCUACUUUUUUACAUUAGACUCAACUGUGUUUGUUGGAGCUCGAAGAAGCAAGAAUCAAUGGCACAUUCAACAGCUGAAGCUAAGUGACGGCGCAAGUGGGGGGGCCGACAUGACGUUGGCGGCAGCGGCAUGA